CGAUAACAGAUUCAAAGUCCCAAAAAUUUCCAGAACUUCAGCGUCGCGUAUCGUGAUUUUACCAUCCCACCAUACCCAAUUUCUCCAACACCACAGUACACCAUGGACGGCCUCAAGAAACGGAAGGCCACUGGUCAAAAUGUGGAUGCACCUGCAAAUAAGAAGGCAAAAUCUCACAAAUCUGUACAAAAAUCCACGAAAAAGACCCAAGCAAGGAAGCUUAUGAGCGCCGAUUCACUACAAUGGCGCAAAGCAAAACUCCCCGACAUGUUUGACGAUGCCGAGGGAUUCUAUGGCUUAGAGGAAGUUGACGACGUCGAGAUCAUCCGAAAUAGUGAUAAUACAAUUCAAUUCCGGACAGCUGUUGCCUCGGAUGCUGAAGACGGCGAAGAGGCCAAGGAUGACGAGCCACUCAAUGAAGAAGACAACGAUGACGACGACGAGUUCGAAGGAUUUGAUGAUGAGCCUAUUACAAAUGCCACUUCACAAAAUGAACCACCCAACCUACCCACAAAUGCCGUCGAAGGUGUAGAGACAGAGAAAAGGGAUGCCGUUGAUACCCAAGAAAAAACGAAGAAAAAGCAGAAGCAGAAGGAGAAGAAGAAAGUUUCAAAUGAAAAAGAGGAUAAAGAGCUUGAGUCUAAUGUCUUUGCCGGGAUGAAUGAUGUAGAAGAAACGCAGGACGAGGUAGAUGUGUCGGCCUGGGUGUCAUUAGGCCUAUCCCCCAAAAUCCUUGGGUCAUUAGCGAAGUUGAAGUUCUCGAAGCCUACAUCCAUCCAGGAAGCCGCGAUACCACAGAUUCUAGCCGGUCACGAUGUCAUCGGUAAAGCAUCGACAGGUUCAGGAAAGACUUUGGCAUUCGGUAUUCCAAUCGUUGAGAAAUGGCUAGAUUUAUCCGAGGAGGGAGGAAACAACGCUUCUGAAGCGACCUCCAAGAUUCCACUGGCUUUGGUUCUCUCACCAACAAGAGAACUUGCGCACCAACUUACUGACCACAUCAAGAAUUUAUGUGCUGGUUUACCGACUUCUCCUUACGUAUGCUCUGUUACUGGCGGUCUAUCCGUCUACAAGCAACAGCGUCAAUUAAUUAAGGCAGACAUUGUUAUUGGAACGCCUGGGCGAUUGUGGGAGGUCUUAAGUUCUAGCUCAGAACUGAUGAAAAGUUUUAAGGGAAUUCAAUAUUUGGUGGUUGAUGAAGCCGACAGACUUCUGACAGAGGGCCAUUUCAAGGAAGCAGCGGAGAUCUUCAAUGCCUUAGAUCGGGUUGAAACAGAGGAAGACGAAGAUGAUGAAGGGGAUGCGACGCCUUCGCCAAGACAGACCCUUGUAUUUUCAGCCACCUUUCACAAAGGUUUACAACAAAAACUCGCUGGCAAGGGGCGUUAUGACUUGAUGAGCCAGCAAGAUUCCAUGGAAUAUUUACUGAAGAAGUUGAAUUUCCGGGAAGAAAAGCCAAGGUUUAUUGACGUAAAUCCGGUAUCCCAAAUGGCGGAAGGGCUUAAAGAAGGCUUAGUAGAAUGUGGAGCCAUGGAAAAGGACCUUUACCUUUAUGCACUUUUGCUACUCUAUCCAAAUGUACGGACCCUUGUUUUUACCAACUCUAUCAGUUCGGUCCGAAGAUUGGCUCCUAUGCUUCAAAAUAUGAAUCUGCCGACCCAUCCAUUACACUCACAAAUGCCACAAAAGGCCCGUUUGCGUUCUGUUGAGCGAUUUACUAGUGCAAAACAAGGCCAAGCAUCAAUCCUCGUCGCAACAGAUGUCGCCGCACGAGGCCUGGAUAUUCCGGAUGUAGAUUUGGUAGUCCAUUAUCACGUACCCCGCGCGGCGGAUGUAUACGUGCACAGGUCCGGACGUACCGCGCGAGCAGACAAAACGGGCCUGAGCAUACUGCUUUGCGCACCCGAUGAGGUCAUUCCGACUCGGCGACUUAUUUCUAAGGUACACUUGAGUAGUGGUAAGGUCAAGAAGAACUUCUUCGUACAGACGUUAGAUAUGGACCGAAAAUUAGUCAAUCGCCUAAAGCCCCGUGUUACCAUAGCGAAGAAAAUUGCCGACGCGGGGCUCGCUAAAGAGAAAGGGAGUAAAGAAGACGACUGGAUGCGAAACGCGGCGGAAGAGCUCGGUGUAGAGUACGAUAGUGACGAGAUGCAAAAGGCCGGAAAGUGGGGAGGGCGCGGAGGUGGUCGCAAGGAAAAGCAGGAACAGGCGAGAGCUAUGACAAAGGCCGAGCUAGGUGCCCUGCGCGCCGAGCUAAGAGAACUCCUCUCGAAAAGAGUUAAUGCCGGUGUUAGCGAGAAAUACAUCGCUACAGGUUUGGUGGAUAUGGACGAGCUUCUGCGGGGUGCGAAAGGCGAAUUCCUGGGCAAAGUUGAGGGCCCUGAUCUCGAAACUUUGUAGCCGACCAAUAUCCUGGGCUAUGGGGCUUCAUAUGCUCCUCUAAAAACAAUUAAAAGAUGUUAAGACGCCGGCAUCUUGCCAUGGAUGCUGAAUAUAACGUCAGCAGUAGGACAUCGUGCCGUACCUAACUCCCGUUAGCUAGGUAUGGGGUAGUUACUAUCGUCUUACACAGAGAUAGAUCACACGAUGCGACCAAGUAUUACCCAAUGAGCUGGUGUUCGACG